AUGUCGCGGCCAUGGAGGCCCAACCGACCCCAUGUUGCGAAACGCAAUCGUGUCGUGCCAGUACCUGACGACAGUGUACGUUCCCGGGACGCUUCCCGAGACACCCGUCACUCACACAACCACCGCUGCGCCUCGGAGAUGGAUCCCCGGACCCCGGACCAGUUCCGCUACUUGAACCAGCCGACGCAAUUUGAUGAUCGACUGGGAGACGCCUACGGUAAGCUAGCUUAUUCUUGUCGUUCUAGCCGUUACUUGACGCGGUUGACCAUUGAACAAGACCCCGAAUACCAACAAAUCAUUGCCGGUUUAUCGAGACACACCGCCCCACACAUGACAGAGAGACAUGGUACUGCGCCUGUUGUUCACGGUAUACGCCUCGUCAACUUACGAGAGGCCCUGCCAGACAAGUUCCGCGCCCUGUUCCCCUUUGAAUUUUUCAACGCAGUACAGUCCAAGUGCUUCGAGGCAGUGUACAAGACCAACAACAAUGUGGUGGUCUCGGCACCCACCGGUAGUGGAAAGACUGCCAUCCUCGAGUUGGCAAUUUGCAAACUUGCUCUCGAUCGCGGCCACGAAAACUUCAAGAUUGUGUACCAAGCACCCACCAAGGCCUUGUGUGCCGAAAAGGCCCGCGAUUGGGAAAAGAAGUUUGGCCACAUGAAGCUCAAGUGCGCUGAGCUCACCGGGGACACUUCCCAGGCCGAGAUGCGGCGCGUUGGCGAUGCUUCGAUCAUUGUUACCACCCCAGAGAAGUGGGAUUCGAUUACACGAAAAUGGCAAGACCAUCGCAGGCUUCUGCAGCUGGUCGAGCUAUUCCUCAUCGACGAGGUUCAUAUUCUCAAGGAUGUCCGCGGCGCCACGUUGGAAGCAGUCGUUUCCCGCAUGAAGACCAUUGGAACCAAUGUUCGAUUUAUCGCUUUGAGCGCCACCGUUCCCAACUCGGAUGAUAUUGCCCAAUGGCUUGGCCGGGACCAUACCAACCAGCACCUGCCGGCACUGCGAGAGACAUUUGGUGAAGAGUUCAGGCCUGUCAAACUGCAAAAGUUCGUUUAUGGAUACGAGUGCAACGGCAACGAGUUCAUCCUUGAUAAGCUGCUUGACUCCAAACUCCCCAACCUGAUUGCCAGGCACUCUCAACAGAAGCCCAUACUGGUGUUUUGCUUCACACGGAAAUCCUGCGAGUCAACGGCCAGUCUGCUGGCCGAAUAUGCUGCUGCCAGGCCAAAUACGAAGCUGUGGCCUGCCCCCAAAGGCCGGAUCCCCGUCAUCAGCCGAGAGCUGCAGGAGAUUGUCAAAUUGGGUGUGGCAUUUCACCAUGCCGGUCUCGAUGUUCAAGAUCGAGGUGCUGUUGAGCAGUCAUUUCUCAAGGGAGAACUAGGUGUCAUAUGUUGCACGUCGACAUUGGCCGUUGGCAUUAACCUGCCAUGCCACACGGUUGUGUUGAAAGGAACAAUGGGCUACGCGGAUGACAAGCUUCAGGAGUACUCUGAUCUCGAGGUGAUGCAAAUGCUAGGUCGAGCGGGACGCCCCCAAUUUGAUGACAGCGCCACUGCCAUCAUCCUGACCAAGGCCGGCAACAAGGCACGGUACGAAAAGAUGGUGUCCGGACAAGAAAUUCUCGAGAGUACGCUUCAUCUCAACCUGAUCGAACACCUCAACUCCGAGAUAGGCCUGGGCACCAUCCACGAUCUCGCGUCUGCAAAGAAGUGGCUUAGCGGCACGUUCUUGAGCGUCCGGCUUCGACGCAACCCAAGCUUUUACCACUUGACUGGCAGUAAUUGCAAUCCCAGCCAGAUCGACGCCAAGCUGGAAGAGAUAUGCGAGCGCGACAUUAAGCAACUGCAAGAUGCCCAGUGUGUUACCGACAACGAGACAUUCAAGUCAACCUACUACGGCCGCGCCAUGUCCAAGUAUAUGGUUGAGUUUUCCACAAUGAAGAUGCUGUUGCAGAUUCCCAAGGCUGUCAAGAUGGGCGCACUGCUCACCAUCCUUUCACAAGCCAGCGAGUUCAAAGAGUUUCGUUUCAAGCCCGCCGAGAGGCCUUUGUUUCGCGAGAUGAACCAGUCCCCCCUCAUCGUCUAUCCAAUCAAGGAAGCGGUCACGCAAACAUGGCACAAGAUCUCCUUGAUGGUUCAGGCCCAUUUGGGAAGCGUUCAAUACCCCGACUCGGCCGAUGCAGCCAAGGCUCGACGUCAACUGGUCUUGGAGCGCAAAAUCGUGUUUGAGCGACUCAACCGCCUUGUCCACGCCGUGAUUGACUGCAAAGGAAACGACUAUGAUGCGAUUGGCAUGAAGAAUGCCCUCGAGCUUGCGAGAGCCCUCGCUGCAGAGUCAUGGGAAGGUCGGGUGACACAACUGACCCAGGUACCCAGCAUUGGGCCCGUUGGGAUGCGUAAGCUUGCCAGCAAAGGCAUCCGGACAGUGUUGGAACUCGCCGACAUGGACAGCGUCGACAUUGAGAGAUUGAUGGCUCGGCAGACCCCCUUCGGAAUGACUAUCAAGAGCUCUCUUGAAAAGUUUCCCCGGUUGAGCUUCGAUCUGGAGCUAGUCAGCCACAAGUCUCAACCUAAUCCAACAGGCGUCACCGUUGGGGUGGAAAUUAGGGCUAACCUACGGUAUUUGAAUCGACUCGGUCCACCGUAUUGGAAGAAGAAGACACCUGACAUCAACUUCCUGGCCGAAACUACCAGCGGGACUCUUUCGUUCUUUUGGCGAGGCAGCAUGAGGAAGCUGGAGGUCAGCAAAGAGACAGGGUACGAAUUGAAGUUCUGGGUUGGUCUCCAAAAUGUUGAUGACGACAUUGUGUGUCACUUUACUUGCGAGGAGAUUGUUGGGACGAUGAUAUCCAAGACACUGAAACACAACAUUCCUGCCUCAGCAUUUCCCAAGCAAGCCGCUUUCUCCACCGUGCCCCCGAGCUGGGCUCCGCCAGCGACAGCCAAGUUCACUCAACCACGGACGAUUGAUGGCAGCAAUGAUGCUGAUAAAAUGGACGAGCUGGACGAUGGUGGUAUUGACGACUCUGACUUCAUUCUCGCCGCUGAGCAGGCGGCCGCUCGGUUAGCACUGCGCCCACAGUCAUCAUUCACCACGCCAUCUAUCCAAGCACCCAGGUUUAUGAUGGAGGGCCAAAAAGACGCUCAGGCGGAACAGUAUCCAGGAAUCCAUGAGUUGGUCGAGAUGGCACAGGAAGAGGGUUCCUCUCAACCCGAGUCCGAUACAUCCCCCCCAGUCCAGCUUCCAAGCGGAAAGUGGCAGUGUAAUCAUAACUGUGCGGGUGGGACUCUCACAAAGACGGGCAAGCCAUGCACUCACAGAUGUUGCAAAGAGGGACUUGACAAGCCACGAAAGCGGGCACCGCCCAAACCAAAGGUCAAGCGCACGGCCGAGGAGGCCUGGGAUGGUUCUAAGAAUUCCCCUCAAGCUUCGGGCGAUAGGAAGCGGCCCAAGAUUGAGUCGGUAUCACGGCCCGGUGCCACUCAACAGGCACCAGGCAUCCGCCCGCCUGUUCGGUCUGUCGUAGUAGACUGGAAUGCGUACGGGUUCACAGAGGAGGAUCUGGAGUGUAUCGAUCUUUCAUCCUAUACCGAUGAUGAAGGCGAUCCGGCUACCACCAAGUCGGAGCAGAAUGUAAUAACAAAGUCCAAGCCCAAACGAGCAAAUGAAGUCCGUACAGCCGCACAACCUCCUCACCAUUCAGAGACGGACGAUGAGGCCGACUUGCCCAGUCUGGACGAGCUUUGUGCAGCGAACACUUCAGCCAUACGGAAAACGCCCGGUGCGGCCUGGCCGCGGUUUCAAAUGCCUUCCACAAAUCCAACGGCCUUCAGACCUGGCGCCUCUGACGUGGUGUUGUUUGAAGGCAUUGCCAAAAAGUUUGAAAUUUCAAACACCUGCAAGGACUUGAACUCUGAUGAGGGUGAUACACCCUACCCUAGCAGUUCGCCAAUGUUUGUGGACCAAGAAUCGCCAGCAAGCUCGAAUAUGUCGACGAACGAAACUAUGGCGGUCACUCGCGAAAAGCAAAUGAAGGAGGAGGUUCGGUCUGGCAGGCCCUCGUGGCCGGACGGCUUGCCCGACUGGGUGAAGGUCGACUCCAAUAGGGAGAUUGUGGAUUUCUUUGGGCCGUGUGUAACAUAUGUAUGA